UAGCAGAACAGUUAGCAGACCCGCCUAGCACGGUCGCAGGUUGAUGGCCAGCCAGGAGGAUGACAUCCGCCGCCACCGUACUAUAAGGUGUACUAUAAGGUGGAGUCCCCCAAGUGACAUAUCGAGCUCGCUCUACAACACGGCUGACCAUAACCUCAACAUCUCUAAAUGCCCCAGCGCUUUUUGCCCAACAUCCCGAUAUCCGUAGCCCUAACCCCUCCCGAAUUAUACAAUUCUGAAUCACCCAUUAGCAAAAACCUUUUGGCUACUACUGCUGUCUAUCAAAAGCUAGUUGGUUGGAUGGGCUGUUGAGUCAUAGGAUGGCCAUGGCGAGCUUUACCCGAUGUCAACACACGUCCUUGGCGAUGCGCCAUUUGCCCCGACAUCCACACACGGUUCAUUUAAGACGCGGAAAACAAGGACCUUGCGACCGAAGAUUUAGCAGCACGCCGCGGAAAGGACACCUGAAUGACGGCUUCACUGGCGUAUAUGACCCGACAAUUGAGCCGGGGCGGGGACCGAUGUUCGCCAGGAGCCGCUUCGGUGUACCUCAAUUCUACCCACGAGACUUGAAGAAAAGAAUCGACGACUACGUUGUUGGACAAGAUAGGGCAAAGAAAACUAUUUGUUCAACGAUAUUCAACCACUACCAGAACAUGCGAAGACGACAUCAACGUGAGCACAAUGAGAAGAAUGUUCGUGAGAAGGCAAUGCGACAACAGUAUGCUAGAGAGCGUGAAAUGCACCAGAAGAGACGGGAUGCAUACAGCUUAAAGACCGAUACUCUCCAUGACACGGAUAGUCGAGAUUUAAGUCCAUCUUCAUGGGCGCAUGUUUCUGGGCCGACCUCUGGUGUGCCAAACGAUGACGAUAUUUAUGACCGCCCGUAUGAGACCCCGGAGCACUUUUACAUUCAAGAUGACGAUACAACGAGCUCUCAAUAUGUUACUGUAGACAAGAGCAACUUGCUUUUGGUUGGCCCUACUGGGGUAGGGAAAACCUAUAUCCUCGAGACAUUAAGUAAAAAGCUUCAGGUUCCGUUCGCUAUUUGCGACUGUAACUCUCUGACCCAGGCAGGCUAUAUUGGUCAGGAUGUUGAGAGCUGUAUUGAGCGUCUACUCAUCGACGCUAACUACGACGUUGGCGCUGCGCAGCACGGUAUUGUUGUCCUCGACGAAUUUGACAAACUUGCGAGGCGCGAAACUGCCACUGGAAGAGAUGUGAGUGGUGAAGGGGUACAACAAGCACUUCUGAAAAUGGUUGAAGGAACGAAAGUUGUAGUCAAUGUCAAAGAAAGCCGAUCGCAGAAAACGACUUCAAUCAAUGCCAGCUACGGUGGCUCUGGCUCAUCACCACAGUCGCAUCAAACACACACAGGGGGAAAGCCUGAGCAAUUCAUUGUUGAUACAACGAAUAUUCUGUUCGUUUUCUCUGGUGCGUUUGUCGGACUAGACAAAACUAUUUUACAACGAGUUGCAAAGCCUUCUAUGGGCUUUGGAAGCGAGUUAAAAACAGGGACGUCAACUACUGAAGAUCAUAGCCUCCCUAAGGAGCAGUUUAUGCAUCUUCCUCACUAUAAUGAAGACGUACGAUUCACACCACUUGAUUUAGUGACGCCAGCAGACUUGCAAAAGUUUGGAUUCAUCCCAGAACUUAUUGGACGACUACACAAUAUCUGCUCCCUUAACCCUCUCUCAAAGAAUGACUUGUAUCGAAUUUUGACAGAGCCUCGCAAUAGUCUUAUUGCCCAGUAUAAGGCACUUUUUGAUUCAUAUCCAUCCAGCUUGCAUUUUACCGAACAAGCCAUCCACGCCAUUGCCGAGCGAGCAUCGGCAGCCGGUACAGGGGCUCGAGGAUUGCGCAUGGAGAUGGAACGGAUUUUGGCAGAGCCUAUGUUCGAUGCACCCGUGGCGUACGUUCUUAUAACCAAGGCUUGCGUCUUAGGCAUUGAGAAGGCGAAGUAUUGGGGAAAAUCGGGCAAAUUCGAAGUUGAGCGCUGUCUCCAAAGCGAAGCAGUUCAGGAUGCCUCGACAGCAGAAACGCAGAGUUCCUUUGAAGACUAUAGAGUGGCUGGCCAGAGCGGAGGUUGAUAUUCAUAAUCACUACACGUUACAUACUACAAUCACGAGGAGAGA